UGAGAUAGUCCCCGAAAUUCAGCAAGUGCUAAACCCAAUGUGCUGAUUACGGCUUGAUAACCGAGUCGGCUCCGAUCUACACUGCAGAUGCAUCCAUCGCCUCAUUCGGGUCCACUCUGUCAUCUCCCCUCACUGGAUUUACCUUAUCUCCAACUCAACUACCUUAUUCAAAGUUCCAUUUUCUCCAACAUAGCUGCGAGCACAAAAGUUUUGGCUGAAGUCAAAUCACGACAAAGUUGAAGCAGCAAAAGUCAAGUUCCAAAACUUGAUCAACAACUUACCUUCUUUCGCCUUUUCGCUAAACAUCAUGCCAGGUUUGGCAGUCUCACCGGAGAACCUCCCGGUCCCUGGCCGGGACACGUACUAUUGGCUCGGCGAAAUCAAUAAGGCCAGCGCCGUCAUCAACUCUUCAGAAGGUCUCCUGGAACAAGAUGUGGUCCGUCGCAUCAGCCGUGGACUUCAGAAACUUUUAGACUCGGGCGACGAACCCGGCGCGCCGCGUCCUAGCCUUGUCAUCACCUUCGAGCCUCUCUUUAUUGAAGCAGCUGGUGUUGAAGCAACUCUCCUGCACGCCGGCCGUUCAAGCCAGGACAUGCUCGCUACAGUCUGCACGGCAAUUCUUCGCGAUGCGGUCUUGAAGUUGACUGCACAGCUUCACGCGACAACAAUUCGCCUUCUUGAGAUGGCGGAGACUCAUGCCUCAACACUGGUACCGAACUACACCAACGGGGUCGCCGCUCAACCUAAUUCAUACGGCCACUACUUGCUAGGUCACAUUGCAGGUCUUCAUCGCGACGCGGAGAGAUUGCGGCAAUUCUUUGCCAGAUUGGACCGAUGUCCGAUGGGCACAACCGUGCUAAAUGGCACAAGUUGGCCUCUCAACCGGGACCGCAUGGCCAAAUACCUGGGCUUUACGCAAGUCGUCGACAACGCCUACGAUGCAGCACAAAUUACCAUGGCAGAGAUGCCAGUUGAGCUUGGGGGCAUUGCCUCUCAGAUCGCUCUUCACACUGGCGCCUACAUCCAGGACGUCAUGAAUCAAUACGCGCAGCCGAAGCCAUGGAUUCUUCUCCAAGAGGGGGGUGAGAACACGUAUGUCUCAAGUGCUAUGCCACAGAAGAGAAAUCCAGGUCUACUUAACAACACCCGAUCCGAUGCAUCUUAUAUUGUUACUUUGGGGCUUGGUCGUGCCAUACAGGGACACAACCUUCCUCCUGGCUACGGUGACGCAAAAGACCUAGGCCACAAUCUGGAUGUCAUUAACGGCACGACAAAGGUUCUCGCACAAUGGCAACGGAUUCUCAACGCACUCAUCAUUGACGGGAAACGAUCUCUGAAAGAGCUGGAUCUUGACUGGACCGCCUCUCAAGAGUUGGCCGAUUUCCUAAUGCGGGAGUACAAAGUACCGUUUCGUGUCGGGCACCACUUUGCUUCAGAGACUGUCAGACACGCCAAGGCGGAAGAUUUGUCCCCGAGCAACUUCCCCUAUGCGGAGGCAUCUAAAAUAUUCAAAGAGACUUUGAAGCACGCUGGCCUUGAAGAGGGAUCAUAUCAGUUUCUGAGUGAGGCAGAGUUCCAAGAAGCGCUUGACCCGGCCGGAAUCAUCAAGCAUAGAGCCACUUCGGGGGGUCCACAGCCCAAGGAGAUGGAACGCAUGAUUGGUAACUCGAAGCAGACACUACAAGAUCUUGAAAGUUGGAUCAAAGAGCGGCAAUCUCAUAUUGUGAGCUCUUUGCAGGAGCUGGAUAAGGCGUUUCAAGAUUUGCUUGCGUGAGGCUCUUGGGCCUGGCUCUGGUAGGUCAGGCCUUUACAAAGAUCAAGAAUCUAGGAUUGCGAUAGGCUCAACAGCGUUAAUUCUCUACUUACUUGAAUAUGAAAAUUCACUUGUCAAUAUCGGUCCGUG